AUGGCCGACCCCGCUGCGCUCUCGCUCUCCCUUUCCUCUCUCUCGUCCCUCACAUCCCAUUCCUCCGCCUCCGCCUCCGCCUCGGGAUCCGCGGGCCAGGGACAAGGACAGGCACAAGGACAGUUCCCGCUCUCGCCUACAUCCCCCGCACCCUCCACCUCCACCUCGACGUCGUCGUCGUGGGGGAGGAGUAAAGGUGGCAGUGGUAGCCCGCGCGAAAGGGAGAGGGAGCGCGAACGCGAGCGCGAAAGGAAAAAUGGGUAUGGGAUGGAUAUAGAUAUGGACGUUGAUAUGGAGGAUGUUGGGCGAGAUCGCGAGUAUACCCGCGCGUACAGCGAUAGGAAACACAGCCGCGAGUACAGCGAUGAGAGGAACACGCAUUAUCGGAAACGCAGCGGCGAGUACGACUACGACUACAUCAAUAAAAACCGCGACUACAACAACAAUAACAAAAACAGCAGCAGCGAUAGCAGACACCGUUCGGAUUCAGGUGGCUCCGCCUCGUCCUCCGCUGAGAUUAUGCAUCACAGGGGCGCGCGUGGAUGUGAUCGUGAUCGUGAUCACGCGAGCGCGCGCGGGAGGGGGAGGCUGAGUGCGAGUCGUAGUAGGAGUCGGAGUCGUAGUGGGAGUCGUAGUGGAAGCAGGAGCGGGAGUAGGAGUAGAUUUGGAAGUGGAAGUGGAAGUCGCAGUGGAAGCAGGGAUAGGAGCAGGAGCAGGGAUAGAAGUCCAAGCAGGAGCAGCCUAAGCGACCUCUCACUUUCUUCGGAGCGCGAGAGGGAGGGGGGGUAUAUUCGCACGAGCAAUGUGCGCGGUUCAGGUUCGCGCGGGUCGCGCGGGUAUGCAGAUGACGAGGAGAGGGAAAGAGAUCGCGAGGAGGCACAGAGGCGCGCGCAUACGCAUACGCGGGGCGAUAGCGAUAGCGGGCACGGGAACGGGCGUGGGGGAAGAGAGUAUGUACCUGCGCCGUCGUCGUCGGCUUCGCCGCCUUCGUCUCCUCCACACGGGCACUCGCAUACGCGCGCGCGCGCGCAUGCGCACGCGUCCUCACAUGGGCGCACGAACGCGCACAAGGACGCGCAUACGCUCACUCCAGCUCUCACGCCCACGCCUACACCCACACCCACACCAACACCCGCGCCGCAAAUACCUCCCACGCCCACGCCCACGCACACCACACCCGCGCCCGCGCCCCAAAUACCCCCACACCUCCCUCCGCCGCAAAUACCCCCCACACCUACCCAACAAGGCCUCAUAACCUUCCCGCCCCUCCCUACCAAAUCCCUGCGCACCGCGCUAAUCCUCGACAGAAACCGAAUACCAGAACCGCCUACACCUUCGCGCACCCGACGCGGUUCCACUUCCACCUCGCACUCACACUCGGCAUCGGCAUCGGCGCAUCCGUAUGGACAAGGGAGUAGACGGCAUCCGCCUUUGAGUGCGAGUGCGAGGGCUUCGCGGGGUAAUAACGGUAACGCUUCUAACGCGAAUGGUAACGGCACUGUGAAUGGGAGUGGGAGUGGGAGUGGGAGUGGGUAUACGAAUGGCGGUGGGAGUAGGAGGCAGCGGUUAAAUCAGGGAUCAGGCGUCGGCGUCGGCGUCGGAGCGGGGGCAGGUGGACACAUGGGUGGUGGGGUAGGAGGAGGAGCAGGGGAAGGACAAGGAGACGACUGCGAGACGUUCAAAGUGGACGCUAUAUUUUCGGCGCAUUCGGAUGGGCUGAUGGUCAUUUUGCGACGGGCUUGA